UUCAGAAAACAACCUCCUCUUUAUUUAUUAUCUUUUUAUAUUUUUAGUAGUCUAAUGAUGCGCCAGCUUCGAUUUCGUUUUAUACAUUUAGCCAUUUUACUUAUUUCGAUAUUUUUCUACACAAAAAUGCGAAGGGUUUCGAAAAUACAAAAUUUUCUUACCGAACAGAGUAAAAGUUUAUUUAAUAAUCAAAACGAAUUAAAUGAUUAUAGAGAACAAUUUAGGAAGACUUUAAACAAUAUGAAUGAUAGUAAAACACCAGCAAUUCUCUUACUUAAUAAGUAUGCUUUAAACAUUUCUCUCAACUUUCUCUGCAAUCUUCGUAAAUUUCCCGGUGCUGUUGACCAUAUCGUUGCUGUUGUUUUUGACUCUUAUUCUCAUCAAAUUUUGAAGGAAUCAUUUACAGAUAUUGGGGGGAUUGUGUAUUGGAAUAUUCCUGCUUUGGAAGAAAAAUUCUCGUCGGGUGAUGGUCGUUACCAAGUCUUUCAAUAUUUUCGGGCUAAAUUGGUUUCUCUUCUAACUGAGGUUACUGAUCAAUUUUGGAUGGUUCAAGCAGACACAAUUUGGAAAGAAAAUCUUUUUGAAAUUAUCGAUAUGGAAAGUCCGGAAUUUAUUAAUGCUGGAAUUAUUUUUGACAGUGAAGGCUCUGAAGGAUUACUACGGUAUAUGAUAGCUGGAGGAUACUUUUUUGUUCGUUCAGCAAAUUCUACUAAAAGAUUUUUUGAAUCCGCGGCAGAAUUUUUAUUAAAUAAUUUUGCUACUGACAAUAAUGUAAUGAAUCGGUUAUGUAUUCAGAAAGCAUUUGGCGUUGAAUGUGGUCAGAUAAAUUAUAGGUAAAUUGGUACUUAGAGUAAAAUGCGACAAAACGGUACAAAAGGUAAAAAUCGACAAAUCCGUACAUAGGGCAAAAAUCGAAAAAAUGGUACGUAGGGUAAAAUUCGACAA